UCUCUCUCGAGUCUCGAAGCUCUCACCCCCCCCCCCUCCGGCGUGUCCUCGACCACUCCCAACCUACCAUCCUUUCCAUCAAAAUCGGCGAUGACAACGGAGGAGAUGGAGACCAUGGCUUCGUCGAAAGGCGCAGGAACAGAAGAAGAACAGCUCAAAAAAAUCAAGAAGCAAAAGAACAAGAAAAAAAAGGAGAAGACAGAUGUUGAAGAAGGGCAGGAGGGCGGUAAUCUAGAUACUGAUGGUAAGAGAAAGAAGAACAAAUCAAAGAAACGCUCAGCGCCAGCUUUAGAUUCACAAGAAGAGAGAUGCAUUAAUGCUGGUGUAACCCAUAAAGUGGAUGAUGAAUAUGACGUGAAUGAGCCAACUAUGGCAGAGAAGCUUGCGAGUUUGGAUUUGGUCAAUGAGGACAAAUCCAAGAAUGUUGAUAAGCAAGAGCCAUCUCCCAUCCCAACACCCCCUAGUGCUGAUUCAGUUCAUCGCUUAUUGAAGCAAGCUUUGCAUGCUGAUGACCAUGCGUUGCUAUUGGAUUGUUUGUACUCAAGGGAUGAAAAGGUUAUUGCAAAGUCAACAUCACUUUUAAGUCCGGUAGAUGUUCUCAAGCUUUUAAAAUCACUUACAUCCAUGGUGCAGCAAAGAGGUGCUGUGUUGAUCUGUGCACUUCCUUGGCUUAGAAGCUUGCUUUGUCAACAAGCAAGCAGUAUAGCAUCACAAGAAUCGUCCUUGCAUAUUCUCAAUUCCUUAUACCAGCUGAUCGAAGCAAGGGUUUCAACCUUUCGAUCCGCUCUCCAGCUCUCCACAUCUCUUGAUGUCCUAUGCGCCAGGAUGCCUGAGGUUGAGGCUGAGGAAGACAGCACUAUCCCGUUAAUAAUAUACGAGGACAAGGACAGUAGUGAAGAAGAAGCAGAAAAUGAAGACGCGAUGGAAACUGAUGAAGUUGAUGGUGAAGAUCUGGGAGCUAUUAUUGACUCUCAUGAUUCUGAUGGAAGUGAGGUCAUGAGCGAUUGAUUGAUUGAUAAUUGGUAUCGUGGAAUUGUGUUGAACUUGUAAAAGUAUAAGUUGCGAGGAAAAUUUUGAGAACUUGUGCACUUUACAUGUCUGCUACUUUAUGGAUUUGUAUCAGAUACAAGAUGAGAAAAUUUUGCUGUUGUUUGCUAUCA